GAUCAAGGAUGUAAUAACAAAUGCUUUAGAGAGAGAGAGAAAUCAGGAAGGAAGAGGAGAUGAAGCAAGAAGUACUGAAUCUGGAGAAAAACAAGAAAGGGUUGAAGGAAGAAGAUGCCGUGAACGGCGAAUCCAAGAAGGACUUCAGCUCUAGAUUUUUGUCCCUCCUGGCUUCCAAAGACCGUGAUUUUCUGCUCUCUUCAACCGGAGACCAGGUUAAAGUAUCGGACCUCGAAGGCAAGGUCGUCGGCAUCUACUUCUCGGCCAACUGGUACCAACCAUGUCGAAAUUUCACGCCUGUUCUAGCGGGUGUAUACGAACAACUAAAAGAUCGAGGCUGCGGUUUCGAAGUCGUCUUCGUGUCAUCGGACGAAGACUCCGAUGCCUUUGCCAGUUAUCGUGCGUGCAUGCCAUGGCUCGCCAUUCCCUUCUCUGACCUGGAAUCGAAGAAAGCUCUGAACCGAAGGUUCCAAGUUGAAGGAAUUCCAUGCUUAAUUAUUCUCCAACCUGACGAUAACGAAGACGAAUCAACAUUACGUGAAGGUGUUGAGCUCAUUUACCGGUAUGGGGUCCGAGCUUUUCCGUUCACUAAACAGAGAUUGGAGGAGCUGGAGAAGGAAGAGAAGGAGAAGCACGAGAAUCAGACGAUAACCAAGUUACUGAUAAACCACAACAGAAGCUUCUUGUUGAGCCAGUCCAUACUCAAACAGGUUGAGGUUGAGUCCUUGGUAGGGAGAACCAUUGGACUCUACUUCUCAGCUCAGUGGUGUCUCCCUUGUCUCAGGUUCACGCCCAAGUUGAUCUCCAUCUACCAUAAGAUAAAGCAAGUGAUAGUGGAAAAGAAGAGAGCUGCAGACAGCAAGGAGGAGGGCUUCGAGAUAGUGUUUGUGUCGAGCGAUCGUGACCGAGCUGCGUUCGACUCCUACUUCGGGACCAUGCCGUGGCUAGCUUUGCCCUUUGGAGACCCAACAAUCAAGAACCUCACCAGGUACUUCGACGUGCAGGGGAUACCUUGUCUGGUGAUCCUGGGUCCCGACGGUAAGACACUCACCAAACAUGGGAGAAACCUGAUAAACCUAUACCAGGAGAAGGCCUAUCCCUUCACCAAGGCCCAACUGGAGAUCCUUGAGAAACAGAGGAAUGAGGAAGCCAAGGGCCUCCCUGUGACGGAGCACCACGCCGGACACCGCCAUGAGCUGACCUUGGUGUCUGAGGGCAGUGGGGGAGGACCCUUUAUAUGUUGCGAAUGUGACGAGCAGGGGUCGGGCUGGGCUUACCAGUGCAUCGAGUGUGGGUAUGAGGUGCACACCAAGUGUGUCAAGGCAGUGAAGCGUGGCUCCACUGGUUGAGCACUUCUGAUUCUGCCUACCCAUCGUCUUCAGUUCAAAUUAAUGUUGCUAAUUUAACAAGUUGUUGGAUGCAUGUAAGUUUUUUGGUACUUGGAUCAUAUGCCACAGUGUUGGGUAUUUGGAUUUGGUACUCUGUUAGUGAUAAUAUUGUUAAUAUGCCAUAGUGUUGUGUGUUGUGCCU